GUUGCUUAUGUAAUCAGAAUAUCGGAGUGUCGGAAUCCAACCACCGUCGAUAGAGUGUGAUUAUGUAACAGCAGGCGUGACGCUAUGACCACAUAUAAUCUAAUUUACGCGUGCAUGGUACGCCGCACCGCGUCUUCUUUCCCCGUUGCCCGUCGCCCGUCGCCCUACAAUUCAAUUUCGCGUCUCUCCGCGUUUUCUCAAAUCAAUUAAUCGAUUUAAUCUGAUCUUCCACACAAAAAUCCCGUCACCAUCACCACCUGCACCACUUGCACCGCCAUCAUAGCCCACCCCCGGUCACCCAAUCAUUCACCUCGGUUGAUCAAUCGACUUAUUUUUUCAUCAUUGCGCAAGGAACUAUCUAUUCAGCCUUUCACACUGGUAGUUCAUACGACUCAUACCAAUGCUAUCUUAAUUAUUCCAAACCCAUUUCUACAUGUCAUUAUAAAGAAUAUAUUCCCAUACGGUGCCAUUCCCACCGUAGUAGAUAUUGUACCAGACCCGUUACCCUGUUAAUUCGGCUCCAAUUGGGCCAGAGUCGCCAUCAUGGUCAAGGACGCCGCCGCCAGUGGCGGCAUAUAUAGUGCGACGUAUAGUGGUGUAAGUAGUCUUUCCAAGAGUCGCAUCGUCGACUAUGAUAGAAAAUACCAUCAGUUGUCUCUCCUUAGAUACCAUAAUAGUUAUCGUCGAAUGCCAUGAUGUAUAUCGCAUGUCAACAUCGCAGACUAUCUUCAACCACCCAACUAACAUACCCAAUCAACAGGUCCCUGUAUAUGAAUACCAAUUCGGCGGUGAUAUGAAGGAACAUGUGAUGCGCCGGCGACAAGACGACUGGGUUAAUGCGACACACAUCCUCAAGGCUGCAGGAUUUGAUAAACCAGCACGUACACGAAUACUUGAGCGAGAAGUACAAAAAGAUCGGCACGAGAAGAUCCAGGGCGGUUACGGCAAAUAUCAAGGCACUUGGAUUCCUCUGGAAGCCGGCGAACAACUUGCGCAUCGCAAUAACAUCUACGACCGCCUUCGUCCUAUCUUCGAAUACGUCCCUGGAAAUCAAAGUCCCCCUCCAGCCCCCCGCCAUGCGAGCAAGCCAAAAGCUCCCAGGAAACCCGCCGUGCCAAAAUGGGGCGCUCCACCACCCCAAGACUUUGAAAGUGCCAGCCAGCAGCUAAACGAAGACGAUACCCCAGAUAAUGUCACCGUCGCUUCGGUUUCGCAUAUAGCAGAAGAUGAUCAUCACGACUUGUCAUAUUACUCGACUGGGCAUCGUAAGAGAAAACGAGAAGAGAAUAUACAAGAUCUAUCCGAUCAGCAACACUCUAUCUACGGCGAUGAGCUGCUAGACUACUUCCUCACAUCACGCCCAGAUGCAGCCACGCUCCGCCCUGAGCCCCCGCCUAACUACCGACCGGACUGGAGGAUAGAUCCGCAGAAGCAUACCGCCCUUCAUUGGGCCUGUUCCAUGGGCGAUGUAGAUGUCAUCAAGCAAUUGAAACGGUUUGGCGCCACUUUGGCGAUACGAAAUUGCAGAGGCGAAACUCCCCUAAUGCGAUCUGUUAACUUCACCAAUUCUUACGAGAGGCAGACAUUUCCUGCUGUCAUGAAGGAACUAUGGGACACAGUCGAUGCGCGCGACGAAGAGGGGUGUACUGUCAUACACCACGCCGCUAUCAUGAAGAGCGGCCGAAUCAUGAGCAUCACGUGUUGUCAAUAUUAUCUCGACAAUAUUCUGAACAAACUCCAAGAGACACACGAUCCGAACUUUGUACAAAACCUCAUCGAUGCCCAAGAUCACUCUGGUAAUACCGCGCUACACCUAGCAGCAAAAGCGAACGCUCGAAAGUGCAUACGAGCCCUCCUCGGCCGAGGUGCUUCUACAGAUAUUCCCAACGUUGAUGGAGUUCGUGCGGAAGACAUGAUCAAAGAACUAAACGCCACUAGGAAUUCAAAAGAACGUGGUCCGCAACGAUCAUCGUCCCCCUUUGCGCCGGAUUCGCAGCGUCAUGCUUCCUUCCGAGAUGCUCUCGCGGAUUCGGUUAACAAGUUUGCCGUCACAUACAACUCGGAGGCAGCAAAUACAGUUCAGAAUAAGAUAACUCCACUCGUCCUGGAGAAGUUUGAGGAUCUUGCCCAAAGUUACGACGAAGAGUGGAAAGAGAAGAAUGAGGCCGAAUUAGAAGCCCGUCGUAUACUCGGAAAUACUCAGAACGAACUCGCCGUUGUGCGUGCGCAAAUCGCCGAACUGGAUGGACAGUUGGAAUCUCCCGAAGCAGCAUCCAAGGCAGUCGGCGACGCCACGAUAUUACAACAGCAAGUGCUCUCUAUUUUGGCAAGUCAAAGUCAAAACUAUAUGCAAGCCUCUGUGGAGCAGACUUUAUCUAUGAUGAAUGGCGAUGCUGGAGACGAUUCGUAUGGAGAUCGAGUCAAGCUAGCUCAAGAGCUGAAGGAACUCAUCGCAGAACAGCGACGCGCCGAGAAAGAGUACGUGGAUGCCCUUGGUGUUUCGGGCACUGGGGACAAGAUCGACAAGUACCGACGACUCCUGAAGGAAUGUUUAGACCAGGAGGCAGCCGAAAACUUGGAUUCUAACCUGGAUGAUCUGAUUGAGAUGAUGGAGGAGGAAAGGAGUGAAGGAGACCCAACCAUACAUAACCAAGGGGAACCUAUGAUGAUCUGUUAAGGGUGUUGCAUAAUAUGUUUGUUGAAAGUCAUGCGUUGUUGUUAUCUUGUGGCAUAAGGAUACCAAGCCUAAAUUCAGGUUCUGAGAUGAUUAGCAGUUGAGUGGCUGGCUGGCGGCGUUUAGAGGAAAGGAAAGAGAUAUGUGUCUGAUGCCUCACGAGCUCUACCGAAGUUUCACUACUUCAGAAUC